AUGUGGGUCUACCUGAAGAUUGUAGGAGAAGGUGACGAACUGAUGGAAGUAGCCAUGCGAUUAUCAAGGGAAGUGAAUUUAAAUUUUGGAUCAAGUCAUAAGAAAGAGACAGUCAACAACCACCAGGAGGAGGCAAGGAGGAGGAGGAGGCAAGGAGGAGGAGGAGGAGGCAAGGAGGAGGAGGAGGAGGCAAGGAGGAGGAGGAGGAGGCAAGGAGGAGGAGGAGGAGGCAAGGAGGAGGAGGAGGAGGCAAGGAGGAGGAGGAGGAGGCAAGGAGGAGGAGGAGGAGGCAAGGAGGAGGAGGAGGAGGCAAGGAGGAGGAGGAGGAGGCAAGGAGGAGGAGGAGGAGGCAAGGAGGAGGAGGAGGAGGCAAGGAGGAGGAGGAGGAGGCAAGGAGGAGGAGGAGGAGGCAAGGAGGAGGAGGAGGAGGAGGCAAGGAGGAGGAGGAGGAGGAGGCAAGGAGGAGGAGGAGGAGGAGGCAAGGAGGAGGAGGAGGAGGAGGCAAGGAGGAGGAGGAGGAGGAGGCAAGGAGGAGGAGGAGGAGGAGGCAAGGAGGAGGAGGAGGAGGAGGCAAGGAGGAGGAGGAGGAGGAGGCAAGGAGGAGGAGGAGGAGGAGGCAAGGAGGAGGAGGAGGAGGAGGCAAGGAGGAGGAGGAGGAGGAGGCAAGGAGGAGGAGGAGGAGGAGGCAAGGAGGAGGAGGAGGAGGAGGCAAGGAGGAGGAGGAGGAGGAGGCAAGGAGGAGGAGGAGGAGGCAAGGAGGAGGAGGAGGAGGCAAGGAGGAGGAGGAGGAGGCAAGGAGGAGGAGGAGGAGGCAAGGAGGAGGAGGAGGAGGCAAGGAGGAGGAGGAGGAGGCAAGGAGGAGGAGGAGGAGGCAAGGAGGAGGAGGAGGCAAGGAGGAGGAGGAGGCAAGGAGGAGGAGGAGGCAAGGAGGAGGAGGAGGCAAGGAGGAGGAGGAGGCAAGGAGGAGGAGGAGGCAAGGAGGAGGAGGAGGCAAGGAGGAGGAGGAGGCAAGGAGGAGGAGGAGGCAAGGAGGAGGAGGAGGCAAGGAGGAGGAGGAGGCAAGGAGGAGGAGGAGGCAAGGAGGAGGAGGAGGCAAGGAGGAGGAGGAGGCAAGGAGGAGGAGGAGGCAAGGAGGAGGAGGAGGCAAGGAGGAGGAGGCAAGGAGAAAAGUAA